AUGAAUUACGGCUAUGGAGUACCACCACCACCAAAAAAAUUACGAGAAAAAAUUUGGAGUUUCGAAGGUGAAUGGCAAAGAGAUAUAUGUGGUUGUUUUCACAAUCUAAGUGGAUGUUUAUGUGCAUAUUUUUGUUGUCCUUGUUUUUGCUAUUCAGUCUUUAAUCGUUCUGGUGAAUGGCUUUGUGCACCAUUUAUGUGUUGUUGGCCUGAUUCUUUACUUGCGCUUCGAACCAAAAUGCGUACGGGAUUUCGAUUACAAGGCUCUGUAUUUAAAGAUUGUAUGGCUGCUACAUGUUGUCCAUGUUGCUUAUUAGUUCAAAUUGAUAGUGAACUCGAAUAUCAAGGCUUAUAA